AUGAUCCUUAAUCGCCGGUCGACAUUAGACCUCCUUCGAGUUGGGUACCAAUCGGUGCAAACUAUGUUUAAAGUACACGCGCAUGAUUGGAAAAAGCUCCGACCACCGGGUCCUGUUCUUGGGCCCGUUGGAGGCUACAGUCCAACCCAGUCGAGGCGUCCGAAUGAGUCGGUUAACUGGACCGAGAGAGGUCAGUUUCAGCAAUUUUGGCGUGGCCUCCAAGAUGGAAUACUGCUCGUUAAUCGGCUCUAUCCAAGCACAGCGCUCAUGUGA